GCAAGCUCUGGGUCGAGCCUCGCAGCGGCUGAUGCCAGUGCACCAGAACCUGGUGAGGCAAGUGCAGCACAACCGGGUGAAGCAGGUGCGGCAGAACCGGGUGGAGCUGGUGAAUCAGAGGAGGGUGAAAGUGGAGCAGCUUAUUUGGAAGAAAAUGCUUUACAUUUCUGAGGAAAAGCUGCAAAGCAGUAAGGAGACUUUCGCACAAUUUUUCGGACGGGUCCGAAUUCAUCGAUGUUCUGGGCUAUAA